AUGAUAGAUAAAGCCAUUUUCUGGAAUAUAAGAUCCAUCAAUACUCAACAAUCUUGUGAGAGGUUGAUUGAUUUAAAGAGGAGACAUCAUUAUUAUUUCAUUGGUUUAAUGGAACCAUUUCAAAAUCCUAUGGAGAUAGAAGACUAUAGAAGGAAGAUAGGAUAUCCUAAUUGCAUGGUAAACUGUUUAGGAAAGAUUUGGAUUUUUUGGAUAGAUGAAUGGCAAGGAAUAAUCAUUUCAGACCCAAGUCAAGAAAUCACUAUACAGCUCACUCAUACUUCUGUUGCUCAGACUUUGUUGAUUACUGUGAUUGUAGGUGGUGAUUUUAAUGUAGUAAUAUCUAAGGAAGAGAAACAAUGUGGAUUGCCUGAACAAGGUGGACUGCCUGUAUCAACUAAUGAAAUAUUAGACUUUACAAGUUGUAUUCAAACUUGUAGUCUAAUAGAUAUGGGAUAUUCCGGAAGUAAAUUCACAUGGUGGAAUGGAAAGACAAAUAAAGAUUGUAUAUUCAAGAGGUUGGAUAGAAUAUUAGUAAAUCAAGAACUCCUGGAUGUCAUGCCAUCCACUUCUGUAUCACAUCUGAUUAGGCAUGGAUCAGAUCAUGCUCCAUUACAUCUGGAGUGUAAUAGCAAUGUCAUACCAAUCAGGGAACCUUUUAAGUUUCUCAACUUCUGGACUAAACAUCAAUCAUUCAUGGAGGUGGUGAAGUUGCAUUGGAAAGCUGAUUUUAGUAGAAAUCCAUUUCAUGCUGAACUCACUAGAUACCUGUAUUUGGAAGAAGAAUAUUGGAAACAAAAAGCAAGAAUGAAGUGGUUUAAUGAAGGAGAUAGAAACACAAAGUUCUUCCAUUCAUAUAUAAGAGGAAGAAGAAGUAAAUUGGCCCUUAAGAGGAAUCAGGACCAGAAUGGAGUAUGGGUAGAAACAUCAGCUGAAUUGGGAGAUGAGGCAGUCAGAUUUUUUGAAGCACAGCUCAGAAAUGAACAAACAAAAGUUGACUAUACCCUAUUGAAGAAUAUUCCAAAGUUGAUCACAGGAGAGCAACAAAAGAAGAUGGAGGAAUUAACAACAGAAGAGGAGGUCAAGGAAGCUAACACUACUAAGGAGGAUGUGAUCAUGAUGGUAAAAGCUUUUUCCUGUGGAUAUGAGAUCCCAAAGUUCAUCACUCACACUAAUUUAGUACUAUUACCUAAAAAUGAGGUGAUUAAUACUUAUAGUGAUAUGAGGAUAAUCAGUCUUAGUUCUUUUGCCAAUAAGGUGUUGUCUAAAGUUCUUCAUAACAGAAUAUCUGAAUUUCUUCCUAGGAUAAUAUCUUCCAAUCAAACUGGCUUUGUGCAAGGAAGGAGUAUUGUUGAGAUUGUCUUACUGGCACAAGAAAUCAUCAGAGAUAUCAAUAUGAGAGCACGCAAUACUAAUGUGGUGAUCAAGCUUGACAUGGCAAAGUCAAGUAGAGGAGUGAAACAAGGAGAUCCACUGUCACCUACACUGUUUAUUAUAGCUGCUGAAGUGUUAUCUAGAAGUUUGAACAAAUUGCAUGAGAAACCAAACUUUACAAAAUAUUCUAUAAAGAAAAUGAUGAAACCAUUGAGAAAAUAUGAUAAAGCAUCUGGACAAAUGGUGAACAAUGAGAAAAGCAGUUAUUAUACUCAUCAUAAGGUGUCUGCAGGAACCAAUAAUAGAAUCAAAAGGUAUACAGAACUGGCUAAGCACAUUAGAGACACAAUAAGAAUUCCUAAAGAGGGAAAAGAUGAUGAUCCAUGUUGGAUGUUAGAUCCUAGUGGUCAGUUUACAAUUAAAUCUGUAAGGGAUUUCGUUAGGAAAAGGGAGAACAAGCAACUUAGCACAUAUAGACCAAGAAUCUAUUAUGCUAAGGUGUUGUGGAGAAUGCCACCAUCAGGAAGGCUAAAAUGCAAUACAGAUGGAGCAAGUAGAGGUAAUCCUGGCAAAAGUUCAUAUGGUUUUUGUAUAAGAGAUAACAAAGGAGACCUAGUGUAUGCUCAAGCUAAGGACAUUGGAAUCAGCACAAACACAGAAUCAGAAGCUGAGGCAAUCAAACAAGCUUUCAAAUACUGCAAGGAAAAUAAUCUACUGCACAUACAAGUAGAAACAGACUCUCUAGUGCUUCUCAAAAUCCUACAAGAUGCAUGGAUCAUACCAUGGGAUUUAAAGGACACUGUGCAGGACAUUAAAUAA